UCGUCAGACAAAAGUAGAAUAAAUGUGAAGAACAUAUAAUUAAUUAGAGUAUAUAUAUAUGUAAAAUUAAGAAAUAGAUAACGAAUAUCGAAAAGUUGUAGUUAACGUUCUCUAUAAAAAUAAAUAGCACUCGGAAAAAAAUAGAAAAAUAAUAUUGACUCGACUCGAAAACACUAGUGACUCGACUUGACUCGACUCGAAAUCGCUAUGAAAUGACUCGGACUCGACUCGACUCGAAAAAUAGCUUGACUCGCCCAGCACUGCAGUAUGUCCUAACCAUCAGAACUCGUUUGUUUUUGAUUUUUCACUAAAAACUGGAACAAAUCUGAAUAUUGUUUUGAACAGCCCCUUUUGUAUCAGAUGAGGUGCAUAUUACUAUUUUAUGAGAAAACUUGAUUAUAGGGUUUCUGGAAAACCUGACCGCUAGAAAACCAAGUCUUUGGCUUUUAGUCAGAAAGUUUUGCAAACCACAUAGCCUUAUAGAGCAAAGAAUUCUGAGCAAAAUAAAAUAUCUCCAGACUGUUUAUAACGCUUUUUCACCCACUGCAGUCGACAUACGAACGGCUACAAGUAGGCGUGAACAUUACCAAAAUAUUCCAGUGAUAAAGCGUGACUAAAAGCCAAAGACUUAGUUUUCUAGCGGUCAUGUUUUCCAGAAACCCUGUUAUAAUUCCCUGAACAGAUAUAGUGUUCCAAAACCGUAUUAUCAAGUUUUCUUAUAAAAUGAUAUGCACCUCAUCUGAUAGAAAAAUCUUCGGACUAUUCAAAACAGUAUUCAGACUUGUUCCAGUUUUUAGUGAAAAAUCAAAGAAAAAGGAGUUCUGAUGGUUAGGACACACUGUACUGCACAUAUAUCCAAACGUUCUUCGAGACAAGCCCCAUUAUUAUCGGCGACAGAAAAAACAAGAGCUACGCAUAUUGUGAUAACGAAAGAAAGAUCUAGAAAAAACGGUUGCUAAAGAGCAGGAUAUACCGAACGGUUCGAUCCAACCGGCGGUAUUUCGUUGAACCGCCGGUAACCGGUAGUAUUCUCAGAAAAUGCGCCGCGACAUGGGAUAUAUAUCUAAGAUAUAUCUCUAUUGACAUUUGUUUCGCAUUUGUUGUAUUCUGUCUCUCUACAGAAAAGAGAACGAAAAGAGCAGUAUGAAAAAUAUUUUGUGUAAUCAUUCGCUCAUAAAUCACUCAUUUUCUGACUAAACUAAAUAAUUCUUUGAGCAUUAGAUUCGCAAGACCUUUUUCUACUCAUUCAAAAAUAGAAUUGAAUAAUUUUAGACCGUAGUAGUUGUGUCAGCUUCUAAAACGAGCAGAAAGAAAGCAACAUAUGCUCAGUUCACUUAACAUGUUACUGAAUAGUUAUUUAUAGGUCUUUUUUUAAACAAUAAAUUAAGAAAUAGCUUGUAUUAUAUAUUGUUUUGCAUAACUAAAUCCUUUGAACAUUUUAUUUUGCAUUUUAAUCCAAAACGGUGCAUUAUUAAUCACAGCAAAACACCAUCUUAACAAUUUUUCAUCACUCAAUGAAUUCAUUAUACCAUACAUAAGUUGCAGAUCGUAUACGAAAUUUGCUUUGUUUUCCACUUGCACAGAUUGAUUAGUUUUGUAUUCGGGCGGUUAAUAUGUACUGCGACGGGCGUCAUCUAUUUGCAGGAAAACGUUUAGAGAUUUCUUGAUUAGAGAUGUGGGAGCAGCAUCCUUCAGGACAACAUGGGUCAUCUUUGAUCCAUUCGGGAUGAGUGACAUGAAAAUUGUUUUUUUUCUGCAGGUUUGUUUAUUGAUAUAAGGUACAUCAUCGUUCUUUCCGUUAGGCCUAGACUUUAGAACAUGAGCAGUUUAUAUUAGAAGAGCUCACGGUGCCAACAGUGUCAAAAAUCUAUUUUGUCCUUUAAUUUAUAAGAUUUCCAGACCAUAGGUAUGCACCGUUUGCAGUUUCUAACUGAACUAUAACUGUAAUGUUUAUGGACUUUUUAGCAACGUCAAAAGUAUAAUCUUAUCUAGUGGUCAUUUGUCAAGUUCAAAGUUUAUCCAGAAUUCUGAAUAUAAAUUUAAGUUAUCUUAAACCCUUCCUCAAAAUACUAUUCUCGGCAGUAAAGAUCUCGAGUGUUUAUAAUAAAAUUAGGCCUAUCAUGAAUUAUUUUUCUUCAUUUUUCAAAACUUCAUGAUAGGAACAAUUUUCUGGUUUUAUACAGACCAAGUAAACAUGCAAUUACAAAAAAACGCAACAAAAAACAAAACAGCAAAACAUCAAAUUUUCAUUUCACUUAACCCGAAUGGGUCGUCAAUGGCCUGUUCUGCUCUUCCGCAGUGAAAAAACUUUCGCUCAAAUUUAACCGUACCGUUGUCAUGUCGGGCACCCACAUAAGCUAUUCCUUUGCUCAACUCAACACCAAAUUUGCUGGAUUAGCACCAGGGGGUAAAGGGUUAACAGUUUAACAAAGAGGAAUAGGUCAAAGAAUAAAAUGAGAGAGAGCGAAAAUUCGUAAAGGAGAAAAUCAACUAACUAGGAUGUCUUAUAUAAAGAGCACAUAAUACGAAGACACAAUAACAAAUAAAAUAGGGUAGAAAUAGCCUUUACAAUAUACACCUGUUACUGUUAGAGCUUUAGCUUCCACUUGAGGAAACUGCAGUGUGCAAGUUACAACACCCUCGUACCCACCAAGGACAUUCACAUCGACGAGUUCGUAUUAUUGACGCUUCUGAUGUUGAAGCAAAUUGUCCAUUGGAAUAUUCUUCUGUGGUAAUACCAUCUUUAACGAGAGCUGUUGUUGUUUGUGUUGUUCGUGCUAUAGUACCAUUGCAACCAAGUAACAUGACAGCUACUAUAGCUACGAAAAUUAUUAAAUUUGUUUUUGAUGUCAUUUGUUUUGGUUUACACUUAAAAAAUUAUUACGAUGCAGAUUGA